ACACCACCCAAGAAGACUCUGCCCCCCAACCUCGUCCCUUUAAAACCCCCUCUCCUUCCCCCUUCCCUUUCCUUGUCUCUCAACCUCAUUACUUCAAAUUCCUAGGCAACCCACCUCAGCCCUUCUCUCUCUCUCUCUCUCUCCCUCCAAGGACACAGACAGGAAGCCAGAAGAGACGAAAGCAAAAAGAGGCAGAAGGAACACAUGGGCACUUUGGUCGGACAUGUAGCACCGGGCUUUGGCUUCCUUGUCAUUGGAUUGUGGCACCUCUUCAACCACAUCAAGCUCCAUGCUCUCCACCCCAACAACUACUCAUCCAGCCCCUGGUUCCCCACCUCGAGAAUGAGGUAUUUAGAGCUCUACUUAAUCAUGGGAGGGAGCUGCGCCUCCAUAGCCAUGGAACUCUUCAUCGGCCCGGACAGGCACCAACCGUUCGACCCAGAUGGAAGCAUCCCCUCCAACCACCUCCACAACUUCGAGCACGCUUCCAUAUCUCUGUGCUUCCUCAUGUACGCAGCCUUCGCGAUCCUCUUCGAUCGGAUUCGACCGAAAGCCCACUACGGCAUCACCCAAUUGCUGGCAGCACUCGCCUUCGCCCAGCAGCUUCUCCUCUUCCACCUCCACUCCGCCGACCACAUGGGUAUGGAAGGCCAAUACCACCUGCUUCUGCAGAUUGUGGUUCUCGUGUCUCUCAUCACCACCCUCAUGGGAAUUAACCUCCAAAAGAGCUUACUGGUGAGCUUCGUUCGGUCCCUCAGUAUUUUCUUCCAAGGUGUCUGGUUUAUUGUCAUGGGGUUUGUGCUCUGGACCCCGGCCUUGAUACCAAAAGGAUGUUUCAUGAACGAUGAAGAUGGGCACUUCGUUGUGAGGUGCCAGGGCGAUCACGCCCAACACCGAGCCAAGGCGCUGGUUAACCUCCAGUUCAGCUGGUUCUUGGCCGCGGCUGCCGCUUUUGGUGUUUUCUUUUAUCUAGCUUUGGUUAAGAUUUACGGCGAGAAGGUGGAGUAUUUUUCACUCGGGAAGAUGGAAGAAGAAGAAGAUGAUGAUGAUGACGACCUGGAGUCGCAGCAGAAGAGCAACCCAGAUGGGUCCAACUCCAAGAGUUUUAUUCACAUAAACAAGGGAUUAACAACCUCCACGGACAUGGAAAGGUAAAGAAAGAGAGCUUUGAGAGGGGGACAGAGAGUGGGAGUGAUGAUCAGUUGAUCACAGAUUAGGGUCCAGUGAUUGGGUAUGUGUUUGUUUUCUUCAUUUUUAUUUAUUUGAGUGAGCCCCUGGGAAUACCGGGGUUAUGGGGGAGUGGGAACAGAGAYCAAAUAAGAGAAGUACACGGACGGAAGUAGGAGGUGAAGAUGGUUUGAAAAUUCAAAUUGUUUGUUUUGUUUUACCCUUAUUUUUUGGUUGUCUGGUCCUUCUGGGGCUAAUCUCUUAUCUGAGAGGGUGAGCUCCUUGUGUUUGGGUGUACAUAAAAAAAUGUCCAAGCGUCAUAUGAAUUGUAUUUAUUUAAACCACCAAGUUGUAAAGAUGUCUACUUAAUUUGGGCUUUAGCUUUUGUGAUC